GAGUAUCUCUCUUUACCAUCAUCAGCACACUACAAACAAAUCUACACACUUUUUCACUCUUCACCACAUCUAUCACAAUGGGUUUCUUCGACCAGUUCUCCGACAACCAUGCCGAGUUUACCGGCUCUGAGCACAAGGCCGAGCUCUCCCACGAGCUGAUUGCCGGUGCUGCCUCCUACGAGGCUGCUAAGGCCUACGAGAAGCACGUCGCUGAGAACGGCCAGCCCCCUAGCCACGAGAAGGCCAAGGAGAUCCUUGCCGGUCUCGCUGGUGCCUUCAUUGACCGUGAGGUCGAGACCAGAGGCCUUGACUACGUUGACCGUGAGAGGGCCAAGCGCCAUGCUCGCGAGAACAUUGAGCAGGGAUACACUGAGGACUACGCCAACUAAGCGUUGGCUGUAGGAUGAUUGAUGAUGAUAAUGGCUAUUGAUUAUGUUGUGCUCGGACUUCCAAGUCUGAUGUGUGAUACCUUGAGUGUAUUUAAGGAAUAUUUGGCGUGCGACAAACGCCCAAGUCAAGCCAAUUGAUGAAUAGAUCAAUGAUAUCGCGGAACUUACCGUGAUUCGAUCGAUGUAUCUUCUGUUUUCUUCGAUAAGACUGUCGCUUUUCUUCUAGUAACCAAGGACCCUACAUCGUAACACUGCCGUCUAGACCAUGACAAGCGGAUAGUACUGUACAAAUUAAGC